AUGAAAUAUUUUUGGUUUUUGUUAGAAUUUCUCUGCAAAGAUUGUCCGAAGUCCGAAAAUCCAUAUCCACGUUGCUCGCAUAGACAAGAAGGACGUCCCGGAGGAACGCGACUUCAUGAGGAGGUGGCUGCACGAACGGUUCGAAAUAAAGGACAAGUUACUGAUCGAGUUCUAUGACUCGCCGGAUCCCGACAGAAGGAACCGGUUUCCCGGGGAAAGUGUCAGCUCUAAGCUGAGCCUCAGGAAGACGCUGCCGUCACUGCUGGUCCUGAGCGGCCUGACCGCGGGCAUGCUGGCCACCGAGGCCGGGAGGAAGCUGUACGUGAAGACGUGGCUCUACGGGACCCUGCUCGGCUGCCUGUGGGUCAGUAUCAAAGCGUAGACCCCAGGCCGGGGCGCUGCCUGGUUGUGGCUGCUCGUGAGUGUAGUCAGAGUGUAAAUAAAGCUGUUGACUGAGUGUUGGGCACAGUAGAACCUCUCACCUGAGCCGGGGUGCAGGUGAUCUGGCAGAUGCAGGGGCUCGGGCAUCGGUGCUGGGCUCUGGGGGGCGCGGGCUCGCUGCUGCUCUGGGCGCUGUCUGGAGCCAGGCCCGCUCAGGGCGGGGCUGUAGGGCUCCUCACUGUGCGUCACUCGGUGGCGGCACUCGUGAGCAUUCGCAGUGUGUUUCACUGAUUGUGUUAUUUCCAGUUUUUACGACUUGACUGGUCCAGACUCUGGUCACUAAAGUAUUGAGAACCUUGCUGCUCCGUAACGUUUUUCUUCCUGCAUAACUUCCUCCAAGUCAGUGAAGGGAAGUGGACUGAGGACCGAGGGAGAGGCGGAUGGGCAAGCCACGCCCUCUCGUGAGUACCUGCUUCCCGGCUGGUUUCACUUUAUAGUUGCAAAGUAACUCAUUCCUGACGUUGGUUGAAACAGCCUGAUGUGCACACUGCCCACCAUACAAGGGUAGUGGACAGUACGAGAGUCGGCACCAUUACGUGGUGGCCGCACUUGCACUGCCUGGCGCUCUGCAGACUCCAGCCGAGCUCCCCGCACUGGCAGCACCUGUGCCAUAUGCACCCGCAAGCCUUAAGGCUCCUUCCUUCCUAAGACGACCAUGGCGCUCCCGGGGGACCUGCGUCCCGGCGCUCAAGGUGCUGGAGCCUCGUCUGCUGGCUGACCUUCCUGUGCCUUCUCCUGUCCUCUGGGUUUAGCGCAUUUACCCCGCAUCGCGUUGUCAUCCCGUGGCGAUCCUCUGUGUGGCCAGCCAGGUGCUCGUGGCUCCCACGGAGCUGCCAGGGAGCGUGUGUGGCGGGUCGUCCCCCACUCCAGCCCUGCUGGGGGCAUCGCGGUCCCGCCAGGACAUCCACCCUCGAGCCAGUGAGGCCCGGGCGUCACCCAUGGGCCUGCGUGGGCACGUCAGCCUCAGCUGACAGGUCGCAGCCCUCUGUCCCCUCGACCAAGAGCUGCGUGUCAGGUACCUGGUCUCAGGGUUCCCGUGACGGACUCUUGACGUGCGACCUGCUCUGUUUCUGUGUCGUCGUCGAACGUGAUGCCUGUUGGUCCCUAAGGCGGGGGUUCUGCUCCUGCUGGUGGGUUGGCCCGUGGCUGCCGCUGCGCCCACCGGCCCAUCUCGAGGGACCGCUGACCACAGUGAUCGCGGGGAGUCCUGCCUGGUUCUCCAGAAUGGGGUGAGCCGCCUCGGGCCGCCCCGCGGAAGAGCGGGCCCUGGGCCUCACCUGUGUAGCAGGUGAACACGCCUUCACGCAGCCCCACGGGAGCGCUGGCCUGGGCGUGUCGGGUGUCGUGAAACCUCUGAAAGUGUUCUCAGACCAAAUUGCCACCUUCUCUGACCUGUAAAGUGGGACUCGGCUCUGCCUUCGUUACCUGCUUUUUUAAAGUCUUAACGUUAGACCUGCUUCUGACCAGAGCAAACUGCUGUAGGUUGUGUAACUGCUGGCGAUGUGACGGUUAUGCUCUGAAUCUAAAUUCUAAGAAGCAAUUUACAAUUUAAGAAUUGCAUUGAUUGUAAUGGACUUUAAGAAGGCACAGUGAACUGCAUAAGGUCACUUUAACAUCGUGUUUUAUGACUAUCCUUAUAUUCUUCUCACAAAGGGCCUGUAAAAUAUUUGUUAAAAAAUUUGUAUCAAAAUGUUUGGAAAAUUAGAAGUUUCUUUUUAACGUGUGUUGAAAUGACCUGAAUUAUUUUCUAAAGCGAAGAGCCCGCCUCGACUUGGAAACCUCUUCACAUAAUAUCACUCGCUUUGGCUCCUGUUGUUGAUUUACCCCUCGGUUCGAUGUCAUGCUCUUAUGUUCUUCAGAGAUGGGUGUGUUUGGGUGAAAGUAAAAGAAAAAAUAAACCUUUGCUGUCUCUCA